UGAAGCGUCACGAGCUGCAGACCGGCAGCCUGGAAACCCUCAGAGAUCUCCAGAGAGGAAUUUUCUGAAGCCUGUUGCUUUGAAGGAAUAUCAGCUAUGAUGUCGCUCGUGGCGUUUUCCGCCUGGUGCCUCACUCUGAUCACGUCUGCAGCCGCGAGCGUUGUUUUACACAACUCCAACGCCAUCAAGUUCGGUCCAGCUGCGGGCACCGCCAACCCAGAUGUGCUGCCGGUGGACGGCGGGGAGCAGAACUUAGCUAUCGAUACAGCGCAGCCACUCGUGUGCACAGCUGACCCUGAGUGCGGCCGCGAGGAAUUCUGCUUACUGUCCCGUGGCGCGUGCCUUCAGUGCAGGAAGCGCCGAAAGCGCUGCAUUCGGGACGCCAUGUGCUGCCCAGGCAACCACUGUAGCAACGGAGUGUGUCAAGCAAACGACCCAGACCUGGUUCUCCAAGCUGGAGUAGAAAAGCUUGUGCCCAUCAGCACGCUACAUCAGGAGAACGCUACUGUGGUCCAGCAAUCCAAAGCAGCAGCAGCAACUCAAGGUGCACCUCUAAUCCUUAAAGGUAUGGAAGGAGCUACCUGCCUGAGAUCUUCAGAUUGCUUGGAGGGUCUGUGCUGUGCCCGCCACUUUUGGUCCAGGAUAUGUAAGCCAGUGCUGAAAGAGGGUCAGGUGUGCACCAAGCACAAGAGGAAAGGUACUCAUGCUCUGGAGCUCUUCCAGCGCUGUGACUGCGGAGAAGGUCUGAGCUGCAGGAUGCAGAAAGGAGAUCACAGCAAGGCCUCACGAAGCCUCCAUACAUGCCAGAGACACUGAGAUGCUCAAUAAGGAUUCAAGGAUUAUUUCCCGAAUGUUUCUGGGAAGCGGGAGCGUGUCUGAAAGAACAUAGAAAAACGUCACCAGCAGAAAUGGAUAUGGAAUGGGAAUUUUUUUUUAUUGUUCUUAUUUCUUUCCAUCUCCAGUUGUGUGUGUCAACAUCGCAGAGUAGAUAUAAAUGUUUCUCUAUGGAACUUGGCAUUUGAUGGUUGCAGUACAUUACUGUAUUGUAAAUACUAUUAGGAAGUUGGCACUUAACUCUGAUUUUUGUCAACACACAGAGGAUGCAUCACCCCCCUUUUGUAUAUACAGAUUUUCACAAUCAUACAGAGUCUGAUAUAUGUCUAUUUUUUAUUGUAAAUAAAGAGUGUAACGAUA